GAUGUGGGUAUGGCAAAGAUUAUUUUAAAGUGCAUCGAAACUCACUAUAAUGGUGUGUACCCGAAUUGGAGUUCGAUUCCACUUAACACUCAAGGGCAGAUGUUCAACGAAUUUAAGAAAUAUUAUGUAUGGGCUCCCGAACAUGAGGAAGACGUUUAAGUGAACUUCAAGCUUAAAGCUUCAAAGUUGCUUUCUAGCACAUUUUGUGACUGUCGGAGAGAAAACAAAAUUCCCAAGUUUAUGUUACCGGAUCGAUGGGCUCUGUUACUGGAACAUUGGAGUACUGAUGAAAAAUUUAAAAAGAGGAGUGAGAUUGGAAAGAUGGCUCGCGCAUCAGAAAAGGGAGGCUCUUUGCACACUGAUGGAGCUAUUAGCCAGGUUACUAGGAAGGAAAGAAUGGAAAAAGAGUUGGGUAGGCCGGUAGCUGUAGCAGAGAUGUUCAAGGUUACUCACGUUAAGAAGAGUACGAACCCCACAGAAGAAGAAAGAUGGAUUGAGCCACGUGCUCAAGAGACAUAUGUAUAUACGAAUAUCUCAGGAAUAUCGUAGUACCUACCUCUUGAGAAUCAGGACAUACCAUUUACACAAGAAGAAAACGAGAAUCUUUGGAAACAGAAUGCUGGUGAACCGAGUAGAGGUUCAGUCUACGGCUAUCCCGAAAAGGCGUAUCAAAAGAAGAAGUCUUGGUAUUGUGGUUCAUCAUCCUCAAGCUUCGAUGGCGGGGAUAGAGAGACAAUAUCUGCAAUGGAGAGUAAGAUAGCUUAUCUCAAUUUCGAGCUUGCUGUUGUAGCCGAAAGAGAGAAGAUGAGAGAAGAAAGAGAGAAGAAGAGAGAAGAGGAGAUUGCGACAACAAAUGAGGUAGAGAACGCGAGGUAUGAAACACUUCAGGCCCAACUAACUUUUCUUUUUGAAUCAGGAAAUAUUCUUUCUCCAUGUCCGGCCAGCAGUGAUGGAUCUGAUCAGGAGGCCGGUGAUGAGAAUGAUAAGUCUGAUAAGGAGAGUGAGGGUGAUGAGAGUAGUUGUAUCUAUUUGACAUUUUAGACUUCUAUAUUCUUGAAAUUGUUUGAUCGUAUUUUAGUUUAUUUUGAAGUUGGAUGAAGUUUAUUUUGAAAUAGUUUAAUGUAUAUGUUGAAAAUAUUGUGUUG